AUGCGAGGUGUUGGUGGUCAUGCAGUGCAACUGAAAAAGACUGGAGAAACGUUAGCAGCCCCAACAAGGAAAGGAUGUGUGGAGCCCACUAUUGAAAGGAGCGAUUCAGAUGCAGAAGAAAAUCCUAUGGCUCCAUCACAGCUUCGAAAAAUGAAGAAAAAUCAUUCCGUUACAGCCAACAACCAAGUUAGGCCAGGACCUCAGCCCUCUUGCACUUCUCAACCAACCCUUCACACUACUCAGGCUUUGGCGAGGUUUGGGUUCAAGCCGCCCACAUCCAGUAUUCGGAAGACUGGUGCUACCCAUAUGAAGGCACGCCAAGUAGCAGACCAAGACAUCACAGAAGACAGGGAUUUUGAGCGUGAUGGGGAUUCUGACUUACAGCCUGAGCACGAUAGGGAUUUUGACUUGCAACACAACAAUCAGGGUGAAUCCGACAGUGCUAGCGAGAACGGCAACCAGGGUCCAGAUGAUAAUCCCAGGGAAGAUGAAGACAGGACCAGAAUCAAUCCACAUGUCAGCAAAGGAACCAAGUGGAUGGUUUUGACAACGAUCUCGAAGGUGGAAUGCAUGAUUUUGAUCAAGGAUGUUGUUGAUGUCCUCGAGCUUCAUCAGGCAAAGAAUGGAUGGCACAAGGCUCCUUCGCAGGCUUCCCUCUUGAGAACAAAAUAUAGUCUUGUAGGCAUACAAGAUCUCCACGUCGGCACACAAGAUCUCCACUCUCCUCUUCAGCGUUCUCCAUCUCAGCCAACCCAGUCCUCAAAUCACAUACAGCCCUCCUCCCAGGGACACUCUUCGUUGCAGUCCUUUCCCAAGGACACUUCUCCAUCUGAUCGCGCAACAUCACCCACUCUUCGUGGUCGCUCUUCUAGUACCACACCUGAGCCAGAUUCAUGCAGCAGCAAGACCAUCAGGGAACGAAAGAUCAAACCAACUCAAGAGGACCCCGCAAAGCUCGGCUUCUAUCCACCUUCCUGGCAAGCAUUUUUGCAGGCAGCAAAGACACUCUACAACUUGCACAAGAAGUCUUGGAUGCUGAACUCUGGAGGUUUCACAAGAAGAAGAUCAAAAUGGAUAAAGUUAUUUCCUGCAGUACAAAGCACAAAUGUCCCGAAUGAACUGAAGAAAGUGAUUAUACCCAUCGCGAAAUUGGUGUACGACAUCUUCCCGAAGGGCACAGUCACAUGCAAGGAGGACAUACAUAAACAUGUCAUUGCAGCUGCCACUGAGCUCCUUAAGACCGGCGAUUAUCUUCAUAUUCCCAACUCGUCUAAUGGCAAAUGGAAAAAUUUUGUGUCACAAGCUCUCAUGGAUGGUUGCCUGGCAUUUUACUAUAGCAGUAGCAAGAAGGCACUGAAGAACACGGACAAAUUUCACUGCACAAUCCCUCAGAAUGGGUUUAUUCUUGUUGCCGCUGUGAUGAAGGGCGUCCUCUCUGGAUUUUCCGAACCUGGUACUGACAAAUUACCCGACCUCUCUGCUGAUAAAUGUAGGAGCGAUUUCAACUCGUUGCGGAGGUCUGUGGACAAGCUGAUGAAUAUUCCCGAACAUCAUAAAGAGCUCGAAGAUAUGCUGGCGCAGUGGGCCACGAUUGGGAUGGGCGAGUUUGUUCAUGGUGAUGCAAGUGCAGGCAGUGAUUUGGAGGACAUCAAUAUCAUUUUAUGA